GUAUUAGAACACAUGUCAGUUAUAUUUCUGGUGAAUUCUCAGCUCGUGUGAUUGAACAUAUUUUUCCAAACGUUACUGUUCAGACCUUCAGUAACAUAAACUAUAUUAUAUUAUAAUAUAAUAUAUAUAUUUCUGAUAAUAAUCUGCGCUGUUACACUUACACACAUUAAUUAUGUAUUAUUGCAUUUUUUAAACAUGAUCACUGGAGUGUUUCUGGGUUUAGUUGUAAUCGCAGAGGAAACCAGCAGAAUCCCGUUGAAUAAGUUAUUUAUUUGUGAGGUUACUGGAUGUUUACAGCCUGUUUCCUGCUGCAGCCUCUGACUGACUGAGUGUAGAUCAUCAUUAUAACCUUUAAGCAUGUUGUUUUCACCGAGAUACACACAAUGUUUUAGAAACACAAAGCUUUUAGCGGAUUAUUUUGUCAAACAUUAUUAGAAUAAGUGACGUGAACUGCGAGCUUUAAUCACAUAAUUGUCCUCCUGAUCACCGGGACUGUGUGAUUUUCCUCUCGUGUGUGUUUCUGCGUGUUUCUGCGUGUGAAGCGUUAAUCCCACUCUGCAGUCCUGCGCCAUAAUGAAAUCCAUGUCCGCCUGCUGAUUGGACGAGAUGGGCCAGGCCCGAGUCACGUGGGUGAGUUCUUUGGUCCAGAGUAAAAAUGGGGUUUGGUGUAAAUCUAGGGUGUAUUGCUGUCAUAUAUCACACUACCUCGUAAAAACGACACUGAGGAUUCUGGGCCAACAAAUCAGAGGGAAAAAAUAUGAGUUCUUAUUAUGUGGACGGUCUUCUUAGCAAAUAUACGGCGGCUGGUUCUCUCUUCCCAAACGUGGAGCGGGCGUCUUGCAGUAUUGGACCCAGUGGAGAGGACUAUGGCUCGGCUCGGGCUGCCGCCGCCAUCGCUUUCGCCCCGUCCUUGUCUGGAGUUUACAGCGUCAGUGAUGCAGUGUACCAGAGCCGCCCCAUGUUUACCUCGGGCUACGGCCAGGGCCAGGAGGCGCACACACUGCACUGCAGCCUGUUUGACCAGAGCCGCCUGUUCACCGACAGCUGCUGCCACCCGGAGCCGGGACCCCUCACCUCACCGCCGGACAAACAGUACCGGAUGUACCCCUGGAUGAAAGCAUCAGAUCCAACCAGAAAGCGGGGCCGUCAGACCUACUCCCGGUACCAGACCCUGGAGCUGGAGAAGGAGUUCCACUUCAACCGGUAUCUGACCCGCAGGAGGAGGAUCGAGAUAGCCCAUGCCCUCUGCCUCUCAGAGAGACAGAUCAAAAUCUGGUUUCAGAACCGCAGGAUGAAGUGGAAGAAGGACCACAAGGACGAACCGGUGUCGACCCAAACAGGGGAAGAGGACGGUGAUAUCCAGGCAGCGUCAGAGGGAGGAGAGCCCGAACCUGGAGGCGCCCAGAACGCCGAGCUGGAGUCAGAAACGGCUGCAAAGUAACGGGAGAGACGGACAGAGCAUUACAUGAGAGAAACACACAUGUUCAGUGUGUGUGUGUGUGUGUGUGUGUGUGUGUGUGUGUGUGUGUGUGUGUGUUACAUACAUUCAUGCACUGAGAGCUUUGCAGGCUAACGG